AUAGCAGAUGAACAUUGUGUGAACGGAAGUGAACAUUCCAAAGAUGACAUCUCACUAGCGUUGUACAUCUAGAUCUAGCUUGCGAGGUCGACCUCAAGAUUGUCGCCAGCGUUGGGGCAUGAAGAGACGCGAGAACUGAUCGGACUGCAGAUUCAAAGAGAGGAUGGAUAGAGACGCGAAUCCAAUACGAGACAUGAAUAAUUGGCGCUGGAAUCAGGAGGAGUCUGAUAAUGAGGAAGAGGCUGAACAUAACGGCGCUGGGGAUGAAGAGGACAUCAUUGCGCCUGAACGUAACAUCGAGCGGGCUCAACAAGACAGAGACCGUGCAAUGCGGGCCCUACUGCGGAUAGAGAGGGCGAGGGAGCGGAGGGAGAGGGCGAGAGAGCGGGGGGAGCAAGCGAGAGAGCGGGGGGAGCAAGCGAGGGAGCGGGGGGAGCAAGCGAGGGAGCGGGUGGAGCGGGCAAGAGAGCGUGCUGAGGGCGAAAGCGAGAGUGCUGAGCAACAGAGAGACCGUUCUGAGGAUAACAGAGAGCAGUUCAGAGACCGGCCUAGAGACUGGUCUAGACAGCGGUCCAGAUCGCGGUCCCGAGAUUUGCCUCCACGACAUCAAGGGAGCCCUCAAGGAGAUCGUCCCCAGGUUGUAGCUCAGCCUGCAAGAGCGCGGCCUUAUGAUGUACUAGAGCGAGCUCAACUAGACCGAGAACGAGCCGAGCCGGACAGAGCGAGCGCACGUGACGGAGAAAGGGCUGAACGUGACAGAGAGAUGGUUGAGCGUGACAGGGAGAGAGCUGAGCGUCUUCAGGUCCUGUUUGCAUUAGAAUCUGACAAUGAUGAAGAAGAGGAAUGGUAUACACUCAGAGACGAUGCACUUGGAUAUCGCAUUGGGAUAUUGGGCUACUCAAUUCAUAGCAUUGAUUCAAGGCCUGAAACACCGGAACCUCCACGUUUGACAAAGUCAGAAAUUGAUGUCCUCCCAACGGCCGUGCACAACAGGGACAGGAUCUCCGACGGAGAGGAGGCCUCUUCAGAUGUUCGAUGCUCAAUCUGUCUGAAGGAUUUUGAGACGGGUGACCAGAAGCGUAUAUUGCCCUGUGUUCACAAUUUCCAUACAGAGUGUGGUGACAAAUGGCUCAGGAUGAACGCCACCUGUCCUGUUUGCCGACAUCUAGUCAAGUAGUAAACUCCUGGCCAGUACUUGCACAUCUAAUGUGGCGCUGGGAGUUAAUAAUGUUCUUUUUGUAAAAAGAUGCUUAUCUUAUAUAACGACAUCCAUCAACAGUAAACUCAUUAAACUGAACGGCUAUCUA